AUGACUGAUAGGUGGGUGUGGAGACUUCACUCGACUCAAAUCUACACGGUGCAUUCAGCUUAUUCUUAUUUAACGACGGUGGACUUCAACAUCACUGCAGAGUUUAAUCAAUUUUUAUGGCUUAAAGCAGUUCCAUUAAAGGUUAAUAUUUUUGUCUGGCGUCUCUUUCUGAAUAGACUUGCAACAAAGGACAACCUGCGCAAGAGGAACGUCCUUGAGGUUUCCAAUGUUUCUUGCGCGGCCUUGUGUGGUAAGGAGGAGGAAAGGGACCAUUUGUUUUUUCAAUGUGAUCAUUAUGGUCGAUUAUGGCUCUUGAUAUCGAAUUGGUUUGGUAUUGUUACGGUGUCUCAAGGCAAUUUAAUUUCACAUGCUAAUCAGUUUUGUGCUCUUGGAGGUUUCUCAAAGAAGUCUAGGACAACUUUUACUAUUAUAUGGAUUUCGGUCUUAUUUGUUAUUUGGAAAGAUCGCAACAGGAGGAUUUUUCAGAACCAAAUUGAACAUCUCGAAGCUCUUUUUGAAAGGGUUAAACUUCAAACUUAUUGGUGGUUGAAAGCAAACUUCAUCACGUUCGCUUUUGAUUAUCCUUUUUGGAGACAAAAUCCGUUACAUUGUUUACAGACUGUCAUGUAA